CUACACACCGAGUACCCUGGAACUUGUUGCGAAUAGUAUGAUUUCCCGAGAAGUGGUUGUAUUUUGCUAUGAAUUACCUUCCAGGAACAGCUAGCUUAGUAGAAGAGAUAGAUAAAAAACUUCUUGUUGUGCUAAGAGAUGGAAGAACACUCAUAGGCUAUCUCAGAAGUAUUGAUCAAUUUGCAAACCUAGUCCUUCAUCGCACCAUUGAAAGAAUUCAUGUUGGUAAAAAGUAUGGAGAUAUUCCAAGGGGCAUUUUUGUUGUGAGAGGAGAAAAUGUUGUUUUGCUUGGUGAAAUUGACUUGGAAAAUGAAAAAAACCCUCAGCUAGAGGAAGUACCAAUAGACGAUAUUCUGGAAAUGCAGCGUGAAGAACAAAUGCAGAAACAGCAGGAAGAGGAACGCAAAAAGAAGUCCAUGUUGGAGCGUGGACUACAGCCUCAUUCUGAUCUUCAUGAUGACCUUUUCUGAAGUUCAUGUGCAGAAACUAUAAAAAGAGAUCCUUCUACAUGUGGUUAGAACUAUGAAUGACAUUUUCAUACCAGCUUUGAAAUGUCAAGUUUAAAAACUUUAUAUGUAACUAUAAUAAAAAUUUUGUUUUUCUACAUGCUUGUAUGCAUCAUCUCACAUUUCUAUUUGUGAAUUGUUUAAAAUCUCAAUCAAGUCA